CAGUCUGAGUCGGCCCAUGGGUGACUGGGAGCCAAAAAGUUAAACGAAAGAGCGGGCAUUCCGAAAUGCCCAAUUGACUCCCCGUAUCCCAUGCAAACCCUCGCUUCCAGGCGUCGUCUCUGUGCUCAGAGUGUAUAUCUGAUACGACUGACGGAGGGAUUCCAAAGUUGGAUUAGUGUAUUAAUUUCGUAAAAUCGCAGUGAUUUGGAGGAAGGGAGCAUAAGACUUUAAAUAUUUUCUAGACUAAAAGUUAUCAUACAGAAGUAAACAUGCCUUCUGAAACAGGAAAAACAGACAUGGACAGAAUUGGCCUCUUUAGCGAAAUGGAAUAUAUUACUAUUGGAGAUAAAUAUAUCUCGCCAUUUAGCCGCCCUUUUAAUGAAGCUGCAGGCAAGAAUAAACAAAUGCUACCUGGAGGUAUUAAAGAGAAAGGAGCCACCCAAGCAGGAUAUUUUGAUCCUCAGUUUUCAAGAAUUUUUGAAGGUGAAAGUUAUUCAAAUCCUGUUCAGUUAAGGAGAAGAUACCGAUUGGCUGAGGCAAAAAAAAAUCUGGGAGCCAGACCCUUUCUUCCCAGUAAUGGAGAUAAAUUUCCGUGUGGCGUAGGAACCUACUACGGAACAAUUAGUGGUCCAUGUACCUACUUCAGUGCUCAACUGAAAGAUAAGAUUGCAUAUGUACAACCAGGGAAAAAUCUCUAUACCAGUCCAGGGAAGAAAGGAACAGGCUAUGGGUAUCCAAAUCUCACCAUAGGUAAACCAUACACACAUUCAGUUGAAUUGUAUGACACAGGAAGAAUAAAUUUUAAGAAAAUAUCUGAAGAACAUCGCCAUCUGAUGAAAGGUGGACCAUUCAAGUUAAAUCUUUAUCCCCGAGAAUAUUUCGAUACAAAUCCUUACCAUGAUGAAGUGCCAUUGCCUCCACCAAAAAAACAACCUGAAAAAAUACCCAUUCCACAUCCUUUUAAGCCAAGUUCUCCAGCUAAAAAGCCAGGAGGCAUGAAAGCAGGCACAUUUGAUCCAUUUCCAAUUCAUUCUACAGACCCAUAUGGCAUUAGAAUGCCUAGGGCUUCCACAACUAAUAAACAAGGAAAUGUAUUUCACCCUAAUCCUGGUACUAAGAGCAGACCAGUAAGAAGUAUUAUGGCCUUAAACAUUGAAAAGUCAUUAAAUGUAACUAAUUACACAAAUCCCCGUGUGAUGUCAUAUUAGCUGCACAAAAGCGAGGUGAAGGAAUGUACUUUCUGGACUACAAACAGUAACAGCUCAAAUAAAAGUUUUGUGGCUGAGAGAAAUAUGUCAAAUACCGCUAUCUGCCUUCAUUUUAUAAGAACUAAUUAAUAAUAUAGUUACUGAUGAUAUAUAUAAAAUGUAAAUUAAAUUUUGAUAUGUUAUUUAUGUUGUGCAUAUCAGAUAGUAUUUUUGGGGGGUGUGUUUUUUUUCUGCCAUGAAAAAAAAUACUAUUAUUUAUUAUUGUCCUGUGUCUUUUUUAAAAUCUGAAUGUAGUCAUUAAAUAAUUGCUCUUUUAAAA